CUGAAACGUCAACAGCUGUCAAAGAAAAAAAAUUAAAAACUGAAAUUCGGUGUUUUUUUUUUGUUUGAAAAAAAUGUAGUUUUUCUAUUAUAUUUGCGAUGGGAUAGAUAAGGACUGGGGCGCGAUGUUUUCGUACACGAUAUAACAUGUUGUCUUGUCAGUUACAUCACCAGUCUAACAUGGCAAGGGCAGAUACGAUGUGCAACCAGUCCUUGUUGGACGCGGGGGGCGAAAGGCCCCUCGAACGGCCCCUGGGCGAACCGGGCGAUGUCAAGACCAGUUUUGUCACUAGAGAAGGAGUUUAUAGACUAAUGACGUUAAGUGAGUAUUCAAGGCCCAACCGAGUAACUUACCAAUCCCAAGGACAAACCCCGCCGCAAGUCAAUGUAUCUCUAGUCACCUUAGCGGAUCAAGGGGACAGAAUUUGCUUCAACCACGGCAGAGAAUUGUACGUGUACGUGUACAAAGGCAUAAAAAAGGCCGCAGACCUAAACAAACCGUUGGAAAAAAAGAUCUACAAGGGCACAAACCCUACUUGUCACGAUUUCAAUGAGACCACCGCCAACGGCGAUAGCGUCAGCUUAUUGAUAGGUUUUAGUACCGGUCAGAUCCAGCUUAUAGAUCCGAUCAAAAAAGAACUGAGUAAACUGUUUAACGAGGAACGACUUAUAGAUAAAAGUAAAGUGACUUGUUUAAAAUGGGUUCCUGGUAGUCGGUCCUUGUUUCUUGCCGCACACGCUUCAGGUCAGUUCUAUGUUUAUAAUGAAGAGUUGCCGUGUGGCAGUACAGCUCCACACUAUCAACCCUUUAAGGCGGGCGAGAAUUUUUCGGUUAAUACUUGCAAAACGAAAUCUACCAGGAAUCCGUUGUUCAGGUGGUACCUGGGCACUGGGGCCGCCAUCAAUCAGUUAGCUUUUAGCCCUAACGGGUCUCAACUGGCUGUCGUUACUCAGGAUGGAUUGUUACGGGUAUUUCAGUACGACAGUAUGGAGCUUUUAGGAACAGCAAGGAGCUACUUCGGAGGCCUGCUAUGCGUCUCAUGGUCAGGAGACGGUCGCCUAAUAGCGGUAGGGGGCGAAGACGAUCUCGUGACCAUCUACAGCAACGAACAAAAGCGAGUGAUCGCCCGCGCCCAGGGUCAUCGCUCGUGGGUCGCAGCCGUUUCCUUCGAUCGGUUUCUCUCCGAUUGGGGCGUAGAGUCGGGGGGCUGCUACCGCAUCGGUUCGGUGGGUCAUGACACCCAAAUCUGCCUGUGGGAACUACCGGAGCCCGAUAAUCUGCUGGUGCCCCACCGACCGAGGGCGAAACGACGCAGCGACCCGUUACAACUGGUCGGCACGGCCGCCUGUCCCAGAUUGGACGAGUGUCCGGUGCUCGAGCCGUUGGUUUGUAAGAAAAUCGCCCACGAGCGUCUCACUUCGCUCAUUUUCCGCCCCGAUUGUCUCAUUACCGCUUGUCAGGACGGGUACGUGUAUACGUGGGCCAGGCCGCCCCGACCGCCCACGUAAUAUCGUCUUAAAAUUAUUAGGUUUAGGAUGAUUGUUGGUAUUCUUAUUGGGCUGUUUUAGCCAAAGUGUGUCGGUUUUUUGGCUGGCGAAGCGGCUUUUAUUGCUGACGGGUUUUAGAAUAUGUAUUUUCAUCAAGCGAGUUUUAUACAGUUAUACAGGGUGUUUUAUAAUAUUACGGUAUCGCUUUGAUCCUUGAUUUGGUAAAUGUGACUACGGCCGGAAUAAGGGAUGGUUAGGACAGCAAGGCUAAUGGUGGUAAAUCGGUGAUUUGCGGGUCACCGAAGGAAUUGGUUUUUGUUGUUAUUAUGAGGAAGUUGAAGCGGUCGCUUUUUUUUAUACGGGGGUGUAUUCAAAAGAUUUUUGGGAUCAAAUUAGAGCUCGUCUUAGUUAAAUAUUGAUCGGUAUUGAAAAAUUGGUUUUAGUUUGUGAUUUGAUUAUUUGAAUGUUGUCACUUCAAUUUUUCUACCCUUUUCAGAAAAAAACCUAUUGAGGAUGUUUUAAUAAUUAAUCCCAACAUAACAUAUUUUUUUACAAAUAUUUGAUGUUAAUUUCGUUUUUUUCCAGGAAGCCAGGAAUUUGAAAUAAUUUAAAAUUAUAUAAAUAAUUUGAAAUUUUUCUACUUUUUUCAGGCUCUUGAAGUGAUUUGUCCCUUUUCUGAUAAAGUCAAAAUAAUUUUGUCCUUUUUCCAGGAAUUUAAACAGAUUUUUACACUUUUCCUGCCAGUUGGAGUAACUUUUGGCUUUUUUCCAGGAUUUUAAGUUAUUUUUUGACUGUAGGUCACUUUUUUCAAAAUUGAAGUAAUCAUUUUCAUUUUCCAGCAAUUUUCACUAGUUUUUGCCGUUUUUCAGGAUUAUCAGGUGAUUUUUUUGUCUUUUUCCAGUGAAUUCUAUCAUAAGUUAGAUCCUAUUUUAGAAUUUUUCAUUAGUUUAUACCCCUGCAAUAUUUUAAAAUUUUUACAGUUUCGAACCUUUUGAGGGCAUCUUCAAUAUUUUAUUUACAAAUAUUUGAAGCUUAUUUUGUCUGCUUCCUGGCAAGGGUUUUUUUUUCCUAUUUUUAUUAAAUGUGAAUUUUUUACUUUUCCUAGGGAUUUCGAGUAAUUUUUGUCCCUUUCCAGAAAUUUCAAGUAAUUUCGUGCCGUUUUUUCCUUUUUUAACCCCUUCAAACCUGAUUUUUUUUAAUAGAGCAAAAGAUAAUAUAUACAAUAUGUAUAUAUAUUUUUUUUAAUCAUUUAAACAAAAAAAAGUGUGUGCAUAAUUGUGCACAGGGGGCUUGUACCACAAUAUAAUAAUACCUUUGCAAAGUAAAUAAAUAGAUAUUCAUAUACUUGCAUAACAUAUUUAUUGAUGAAAUUAUACAUUUUUAUUUUUUAAAAAAUGCGUAAAGAAAAAUUUGACAUUAGAAUGGAAUACAUGUGGUAUAAGCAUAGUAUAACAAAACAAAAUUACUUUCUAUGAUACAAUAAAAAACAGUUUCUUUAUUUUUUUAAACAAAUGUGCACAUUACAUUUUUCACAAAAAAAUUAGUCUUCCUAUUGCAAUUUGAGUACUUGCAUCGUUUUCCUUCUUUGGCUCCAUCAAGUUGAGGCAUAUGAUCAAGACUAUCAUACCGAAUUGCAGGAAUAGUUCUGGUUUCUUCAUGCCCUAAUAUUUGUUUUUUUCGCGGUAUUGGUGGUGUCUCGCUGCCACUAGGUCUACCUCUUUUAUUACUUUGAACUGUCUUAUUUGCCUUGAUUAAACUUUCACCAAGCCGCAUUUUGAAUUCCAAAAGUCAUAAUUGUUCUUUUAUUGGAAUAUUGAGGAUCUUACAAUCUUGUCGAUAUUUAAACCAACUAUUUACUGCAGGAAAAUCCACUGCAUGAAAAAUCAUUCUUAGGGUCCAUUUUCUUGAAUGAAUAUAAAUUCUAUAUAAACUUAUCAUCUUAUCCAGAAGAUCAACACCGCCCCUAGUUUUAAAGUUUUACGAUUUCUGGUCUUGGUACAUCUAUAUAGCAUUUUUUAUUCUUAUCCCAUCUAACAACAGUAUCUUUAUUCCCAACAGCGACAAAAUUUGAAGCCAAAACUACACUACGAUUGUCCAUCCAUUUUACCAAAACAACAUCAUUAUCCUUACUCUUUAGUUGUUCGUAAGUCCCUCUUCCUUGCCUUUUCAUAUCUUUGUCGCUGCUCAAUGGUGGGUUCCUAAAUCGAUUGACUUUAACGGUUCCCGCUGCUGAUUUUUUUUUUUUGACUUGAGAACUUGAAGGGCAGCAUAGGAAGAAAAAUAGUUGUCAAAGUAUAAUUUGUGCCCUUCAUUUGUUAUUCUUUCGGAAAGUUGAAGUACUAUUGUGACACCAAAUCCAAACUUUUUCAUUAAAUCGGCACUUAAUCCUGUAGACCCGCCUUGGUAUAAAAUAAAGUCAUAGGCCAUUCCCGAUUUUCCACAUAGAACAAACGAUUUUAUUCCCCAGGGUGUAGGUUUGUUUUUUAUGUAUUGAAUAACAGAAAAAUGUCCUCUAAAGGGAAUAAUCUGCUCGUUAAUGCAAAGAUUCUCUUCCAAUUUCAAUUCCAGACAUCGUUUUCGAAUACCUUCAUAUAAAGGUCUUACCUUAUAAAAUUUAUUUUUUGUAUCUUUGGGAAUGUCUAAGUUGUUUACACAAUGCAAGUUAGAACGGAGUUGAAAAAAACGGUCUCUUGACAUAGUUUCCCCAAAAAUGUUGAUACGCAAAGUUUUAUUCCAAUAUAAACGUACUUGCGGAAACUUCAAGCACCCUGCUAUAAUGUGUAGUCCAAACAAGCUUUUUAUUUCAUCUGAAGUUGUAGUUUUGAAUCUAGUUUUAUCAUUUUGAAAAGCGUACAUGUUGGUAACAUCGCCUAUAUAUUUACCGAAGUAUUGUAAUGGAUCUUGAACCUCAGACACAACAGACGUAUUGAUAUCCGUUUCUUCUUUCCAUACAAAGUCGGGAGGCAAAAAAUCAUCUUUAGUCCAUUUUAUAGAUUCUUUCGACGUGACAAUUUUGCUGAAUUCGUACUGUUGUGAUGUAGGGGGACCAGCAAAAAUCUCGUCAUCCCAGUGCAGCUCCGGUAUUUCCACUGUAGUGGGCCCUUCUUUAUCAGCACCCAGGCGAACGAUAUUUUGCGCACUGGGUUCAGAUUCUUCAAAUUUAUAUAAAUUAUUACACUCCCAUUCCUCCUCACUAAGUUCAAUGUCGGAGGUUGAUUUUAAAAAUUGCAAUAAAACUGCAGCAUCUUUUUCAUUUUCUGGGUCGUACAUUUUCCCUAAAAAAAUACACCCUGUAUCUACUAACGUCAAAAUAAAAUAAACACUAAUAAGAUAUAAAAAAAAUUAUUUUAUUAUUCUUAUGCUAAAAAUGUAUAUAAAUCGAAUAAGUAUAAAAAAUAUAACGUCAAGAUCGGGUGUGCAUAAUGCAACAUGUGCAACAUGUUUUUAUGCUUAUAAAGACAUAUUUUUAUCAAAAUACUCUAGAAACUAAAUUUGUCUAUCCCUGUGCUAAAUAUUUGUGCAAAAAACAUUUUAGAUUUCAUUGAUUAUUAUGGAUUUAUUUUUACUUACCACAGCUGAUUUGGUGCAUGGCGGCUAUUGCCAAUAAAUAAAUGAAAAUUCUGAUACUCCUUCCAUCUAUCGUAUCCCAAAUCGAUAAAACUUUAGAGAAAACUGUACAACUUAUUUAUCCAGAGUAAUAUUACAGACUAGUUUAAACUUAUACCACUUGAAAUAACUGUGCAUAAUUAUGAGAUAUACCCCCAGAGGGUCUUAAAGGGUUAAUAAAUUUGAAAUAAUUUUCCACUUUUUCCAGGCAUUUGAAUCAAUUUUUAUCUUUUUCAGUUUAGAAGUGAUUUGUGCCUUUUACCCCAGGAAUUUGAGGCAGUUUUUGUUUUUUUGAAAUUGAACCAAUUCUUUGCAUUUUCCAUUAAUUUGAAGUAAUUUUUCACUUUUAAUGAACUUAAAAUGAUUUUGUCCUCUUUCUAGGAAUAGGACACAUUUUUUUGCACUUUUCCAGCCACUUGAAGUCUUUUUCGACUUUUCCCGGGGAGUUUAACUAAUUUUGAGCCUUUUUCAGGCAUGUUAGGCAAUAUUUUUGUCAUUUUCCAGGAUUUUAAAGUAAUUCUCGCUCUUCUAAAUGUUUUUAAAAAUUGAAUUAACUCUUUCAUUUUCCGUUAAAUUUUAUGUAAAGUUUAGUCUUUUUUUAAUAAAUUUGAAGUAAUUUUUUAUCAGUGUUUUCCAGGCACUUGACAUAAUUUUUUCAGUAAAUUGAAAAGAAUUGUUGACUUGAGGUGAAUUUUUAUAUUCACCAGUAAAUUUAAAGCAAUUUAAAAUUUUAAGCAACAAGCAUCACUUUUCAUUAUACUCUUAAAUGUGCAUUAUUAUUAAUCCCUGUAUGGUAAUUUGUGUGAUUGUGAUUGCCCUGAAGAUGGAUAAUCAAAGCGAAACCUAUCGAAUUUUAAAUUAUUCAAACAAAUAAAAUAAAAUUUUAAAACAUCCUGAUUUAUUAGAAAUAAGACUUGCUUUAUGGACCUAAGGCAACCAACGAUGACAUUCCAAUAUAACUAAAAGCUUCUUUGAGUGUAAAGUUUAAAAGCUUCACUAGCCACCAAUUCAAACCGUAUAAAACUAAAUAAAAAGUGGCUCUAAGAGUGUAUUUUUGUAUGUUUUUGUAAUAUAUUUUGUACCAUAUUAACGAUAUCUGUAUAUAUAUAUACAUAUAAGGGUAGUAUUAUUUAUAUGCCUUUAAAGCUGAUGAAUUUGUGAAUAAUUUAAUUAAGUGAACAGUGAAUUUUGAUCUUGUAUGUAUGACUUGAUACCAUUUUUAAAUAUUAUUAAUAAUAAUAAUAAACAGGCAAAAUGUUUAA